GCCCAUUCGAGAGUUUGGUCGACAUCCUGUCUGAAGAAGUCGACAUCGAUGAAGAGAACAUGAAGAAAUGGAGAGUGGCGCGGAGUUUGCGCAAAUUUCCAGUCAUCUCUCCUUGUCUUCCUGUGUAGACUCGCACGAGCGUUAAUAGAAUAUACAAAUGGCAGGAGACGUGGCGAGUGAGCAAGCUGAAAACAAAAAAACUAGAGUCAUCCUUGUUGGGGUUGGAGGGGCCUCAUGUUCUGGGAAGACGACUCUGGCAAAACAUUUGAAACGAAUAUUACCCAAUAGCGUGAUCAUACACCAGGACGAUUUUGCUCCUCAACAAGGCUCGCUUCCCAUUCACCCCAUAUAUCAAGUUGAAGAUUGGGAUUCUGCCGCAGGAGCAAUCGAAUGGCCAAGACUCGCUUCUGUUCUAAAAGAAGUCAAACGUUCAGGGAAGAUCCCGCCCGAUUACCAGAGUCACGAUCACUUGAACGAACAGCGGGACGUAUCUGUUUCGGACGAGACGUUCUCCAAGUGGAAGAAAGUCUUCGAGAAUGUACAAAAUCAGAAGGAAGCAGAAGGCGAGGAAGUAGUUUGGGGAUUAGUAGAUGGAUUUCUACUGUAUUGGGAUCAAGACGUGAUAGAUCAAUUCGAUAUUCGUUUCAUGUUACGGGUUCCACGUGACUUACUGAAAAGCCGUAGAGAAGAGCGCUCUGGGUACUUCACUGCAGAGUCACUUGUUACACUAGAGGGUACGCUCUGGAAGGAUCCGCCAUUUUACUGGGACGGCAUCGCCUACCCGGCGUAUGUGGAUGCUCACCAGCACAUUUUCGAGAAUGGGGACGUGGAAAAAGGAAAGCUAAAGGGGACGGUGGAUAAACUAAUCCUGUUAGAAGGUGCUCAGAUGUCUAUGUCUGAAAUUGUAGAAAGAUGCCUCGAAGAAUUACUGGCAUACGGAGUGUAGUUUUUGGCUGUGGUCGAAAUAGACCUCGAGAGCGGAUCAGGGGAAAGAGCCUUUGAGAAAGCUCUUCUCACACGCACUGUGUAAUUACUGCAUUAUACCAUUCAUGUCCUGUGGAGUACCACCAACAAGCUCUAUACAUGGGGAAGCUAAUAGAAAGUAUAUUUCCUUGAUG